UUGUGAGGAGGUGCGCUGAUUUCUUGUCCAUGACUGCGAGAGGAGGAGAAAAACUUAAUGGGAAGCAUUGCAGGGACAUUACUCGUUUUAGUUUGAAUAUCUCUGAGAGGUAUUGUCUCCUUUAAACCUGUUAGAAAGUGUGUUAGUGAGCUACCAGUCAUGAGAAGACAUGUCCAUAGAAGACCAUUCUCCUGUUGACGUGACAGUGGAAAUACCUUCUAUGGAGGGACACCAGGAACAAGGUAACACACUUCCGAUCACACUGCAGAGGGAAAUUCCAGCACAAAGUCACAUGACCAGGGAGAACACCACCAACAAUAACCUCAUCACAACCCAGCCUCGGGCCUUGGCUCUGCUGGCUGCAACAUCCGCUCUGGGACCCUCUGGAGGAGAGAUAGGGGCUACCACCAGGCGCCACAGUGACCUCCAUACAGACUUCCACACUGGGCUUGCACCCUCUGCUCUGGGGCUCCCGGAGGCAGAGACCCGGCGGGGCACGGACCACAGGCUGUCCCCCCUCUCCCUGGCCAUGAGCAGAGCACAGGACUCCAGUCUGUAUGUCCAGAGACACAGCAGCAAGGACAGCAGAAGCAGCAGGAAGGAGAGCAGAGACAGCACAGACAACUCACACAAGCCUAGGGCCAUACAAGAAGGCUGCUGCCUGCCCCUGGUACUGGCCUGUCUGUCCUGCCAGUGCUCCACACUGAUCCUGGGCCUGUUGAAGGCCUGCUCCUCCUGCCUCCACACCUUCUGCUCCUCCUGCUGCCACUGCUGUUCCCGCUGCUGUGCCGCCCUCCAGGAGGCACCCGUCGAGGACCUACACUGCCACACCCACUGCGACCAGAUCCUGUUUGAGUCCUGCUGCGAGCCCACCGAGUGUCUGGAGUUCUGUCUGGAGUGUUGCGAGCUCUGCCACAAGAGUUAGUUAGUAGUGAACCUCAAUUUCCGGCUUUCUCACGUGACAUAGACAUGGAACUGGUGCUAGUUAGUAGCUAGCUAUGUACAAUCAUACACCCAGUUCAACCAUUUCACCAUGACUCCAGUUAAUUUCAAGAGGACAGAUCAACAAAAAUUGAAUGGUCAGAAUCUAUCAUUAGUAACACUGGUCAAUGUGUGGGUAGUGGUCUGAGAUUUGCCUAUACAGCUAAAGUGAACGCACAGCCAAUGCAUUAAAUUAUGAGUAAUUGCUAUAGGUAAUUGAGUCAGAGGACUAAUUAACAAAGAAAAUGGUCUGUAUGUCCGCAUCACAGAGACAUUGGUCAUUACAAUGAAUCUAGCCUACUGGUGGGGUACAUGACAGGGCUUCCCAAUAUCUACAACUUCUGAGUCAGUUUGUCAACAAGGACAUUCACUCUCAUUAAUGUGUCCCUGUUCAACGUGUAAAACCUAACAUAUUCAAUUUUCUCUGCUAUUUGUUAAGGUCACGUGAUAUACACUACAUCACCAAAAGUAUGUGGACACCCCUUCAAAUGAGUAUAUUUGGCUAUUUC